CUAUGAUUUAAGUUAUUUAGCCAAUCAGAGUGCACUUGGAUAUCUAUAACUUUUAAAAUCACAGAUGUUGAAGAUAACAAAUUUUUGUGUUCCUGCUUUAUUUAAUACUAUCAUUUUAUAACCAUGGAUGACGAAGUUGUUUUGCUGCCAGCAAAAGCCGGUGAAUUUAUUGCUAGAUAUGCCAAGCAUGUACAGAUACAUGAAGAAGGAUUAGAUAAAGCAUGUAAAGAGAUACUCACGUCAAUGUCUACAAGUAAACUGGAAAUCCCUGAUGCAGGAACAGGUAUACAUCCUAAUGUUGAACACCCAAGGGCUGUGGACUGGGUGUUUGUUGCGGACAUGUUAAACUUCUGUUUCUGGUCAUACAGUGGAGCUCGGAAAUGGACUGUUGGUGGACAUUCUGGGUAUUAUGCUUUGGAGGCUGCCCUUGAUAGAGCAAUUAAGGAAGGUUAUGAUAUAACAAACCCAGAAUACUAUUCGAAGAUAACUGCAGAGCAACUAAAAACGAUAAUGAGAGGGGAUAAUGAAGUUAAAAUACCAUUGUUUACGGAAAGAAUGUCUGUGCUACAUGAAACUGGUGCGAUUUUACUUGAAAAAUAUAAUGGAACUUUUACGACUUGUUUGAAAGAAGCUAACAAGUCAGCCUUGAAACUACUUGAGAUUAUUGUGAACAAUUUCCCUUCGUUUAGAGAUGAGGCUGUCUACAAAGGACAAAAGUUAGGUAUUUACAAAAGAGCACAGAUUUUGGUGGCUGAUCUGUGGAAUUUCUUUGGUGGUAAAUCGUGGGGUGAGUUUGAGGAUAUUGACAAGAUCACUAUGUUCGCUGACUACAGAGUGCCCCAGGUUUUAGUGUAUUUUGGAGCAUUGAGUUAUAGUGACGAGUUAAUGGAAAAAUUGAAAAACGAUAUACUACUGCAAAGUGGCUCAGAAGAAGAAAUAGAAAUACGCGGUUGUUCAAUCCACGCUAUAGAAUUAAUCAAGAAGAGAUUAGAGGAUGCAUUGAAGAAGAAAGGUGGAGACAUAGAAUUACCGAAUUCAAGUUUAAUAGAUUACUAUUUAUGGUGCUACAGAAGGAAAUAUGCUGAUGAAAUGGAGAGUAUACCUUUUCAUAAAACUUUAGGUAUUUAUUACUAGUUUUUGUGAUACUUGAAAAGAGAUGAUUUAGCAGCAUUCAGAAACUUUUGGU